AUGAGGUCCAGGAUGCUCGCGUCCGCAGCCGCGCGACUCAUCGCAUCGCCCGCGACCGCCACGGCGAUGACGAGAUCUACGGGCACCGUCAUCGCUCGCGGACACGUCAAGGGGACUGUGUCGGAUAUCGCAUCCAUCGCGGAGGCGCGCGCGUUCGCCUCUCGCGCCGGCGACCAGUCUCGCCUCCCCGCGAUCGCCAGGCACAUCCAGCUCCCGAGCCCGGCGUCGUCGCCGGUUGCGUCGAUUCCGAAGCGUGGGGUAUCCACCGACGGGCCGAAACGAUCUCCGGCAUCGUCCAAGCCGACGAUGAACGCGGCGGAACCCGUCCCGGCGACCCCCGCGCCCCAUCCCGACUCGAUGCCCCGGUUCCCGUGGAGCGACGGCGCCACCGUCCCCGGUUUGCUCCGCGGCGCGGACUGGUUCGGGACCGCGGUGUUCGCCAUGACUGGCACACUCGCGGCGGCGACCCGGGGUAUGGACAUCCUGGGUAGUACCAUCGUGGGUACCAUCACCGCGGUGGGGGGUGGAACCGUCAGGGACCUGCUGCUGGGCAGGGGCAGGAGGGCGUUCUGGAUGGAGGAGAUUGAGUACCUGUGGAUUUGCGUCGGCACGGGCGUCGCGACCUUCCUGGCUUGGCCCCACCUCGAGCGAGCGUACGGGGUCAAGGACACGGACGAGUGGGUGGACUGGGCAGAUGCCAUCGGCGUCGGCGCCUUCUGCGUCAUCGGGGCCAUGAACGGUAUUCGAGCCGGUGUUCCGUGCGCCGCGGCUGUCGCGUGCGGCAUGUUCACCGCCACGUUCGGAGGCGUCAUCCGCGACGUUUUGAUGUCCAGACCCGUGCGUAUCCUCCACUCUUACACCGACAUAUACGCCACCACCGCCCUGACUGGGGCGACGACGUACAUGCUGGUGCGCGCCGCCGGUGCGCCGGUGAGCGCGAGGAUUCUGGCGGGCGCCGGGACAGCCGUCGCGUUGCGCAAGCUGGCGUGGUCCAACGACCUCAGGUUGCCGACGUACGCCGGAGCCGAGGACGCGGCGAGGGCUCGAGGGGACGACGGGAGUGGGACGAGGUUCCCGGCGAGGAAAUGGGCGGAUGCGGUGUUCGAGGCGAUGGGCUUCGAGGUCACCGAAGAGGAGGUGAAGAAGGUGGCGAAGAAGGGGCUAUUCGGGCGCGGCAAGGGUGAUUGA